UCAAAUAUUGGAAAGUGAUAUCGCAUUCAUUAUAACUGUAAAUGAGUUACAAACUAGAAGUGUGUGUUGACUCAAUUGAGUCCAUAGUGUCCGCUAAUAAUGCCGGUGCUCAUCGUAUUGAACUCUGCAGUGCUUUAGAAAUAGGGGGUCUGACGCCUACUAUAGGUUUAGUAAAGCAAACACAAGAGUUAUGUCCAAAACUACCCAUUUAUGCGAUGAUUCGGCCCCGAAGUGGAGACUUCUGUUACUCCGACAAUGAGAUCCUUAUAAUGCAAAAAGAUAUUCAAAUAUUGAAGUCUAAUGGCGUGAAUGGGUUUGUGUUCGGGAUAUUAAAAACAGAUGGAACUAUAGAUACAAAGAAUUGCAAACUUCUAAUUGAGACCGCAGCACCACUUGAAUGCACUUUCCAUAGAGCAUUUGACGUGAUAAGUGACGCCAAAGAAUCACUCGAAGAGGUUAUAAGACUGGGAUUCACUCGUAUUCUGACGAGCGGUCAGUCAAAUACAGCGGCCAAUGGAGUGGAGAACAUCGGAAAACUGGUGGAAUGGGCUCAACACAGGAUCUCCAUAAUGGCCGGCGCGGGGGUUACCGAAGACAACGUGGAAUUCAUUAUAAACAAGACUAAAGUCCGGGAAUUGCAUUCAUCGGCCAGUCAUGUGAAGCGAUCGCAAAUGACUUACCACAACAAGUCUGUGUCGAUGGGCGCCAACACUGCCGACGAAUACAGUCUUAAAGUGGUUUCAGAAGAAAAGGUCCGCAAAAUGAUUGAAAUUUUGAAUAAACAUAAAUGAAUUGCUGAG